ACGACUUCUACCAGUUUUCGCAAACAUCUCUCCAAAGUUCCCUCUUUCCUACCAACAAUUCACAAUGGCAAUCCAAUCCGUUCAAGUACGACCUCAAAAGGACACCAUCGCCGACGAGAUCGAGACUUUUAUCGAGUCUCUGAUUGGGCGAACCGUUUCUACCACAGCCUCCAGGGUGCCUGUGUUCUCUUUCCAGACAACAGAAGAGAAUGUGCAGAAAAUCAAGGAGAAGUUUGGCGACGAAGUCAUCGUUGAUGUUGUUUAAAGUCAUAUGGGAAAUUCGGCAAUCAGAUACGCCAUCAACUGUUGCAUGAAGGCACAGCUGUCAUACGAGAACGAGCAGUACUAUCAUUCACAGCGAGAUAUAUAAUAGCUGGGGUUCAACAGAACAGAGUUAGAUAGGGAUGCAUAAAGUAACAGAAAAUCUACUGGUCAUCACAAAGAUACAUGCAG